AUGCUCUUCUUUAACAUUACCAAAACCCUCAACCUUAAUCCUUUUCAAACAAGGUUUUUCACCACAACCUCUUCUAUAUUAAACCUCUGCACCAAACCACAACACCUUCAACAAAUCCACGCUAGAUUCUUCCUCCAUGGUCUACACCAAAACUCUCCUCUUUCCUCCAAACUCAUUGAUUCUUAUUCCAACUUUGGACUCCUUCAUUUCUCCCACAAGAUCUUCUACUUCACUGAAAACCCAGAUUCACUUCUCUACAAUGCUUACCUUAGAAGCUUGUUUAAGUUUGGUGAAUACGAAAAGACUCUUUUUUUGUAUAAAGAAAUGCUUCCGAAAUCCAUGUACCCAGAUCAAGAUUCUUGUUUUUCUGUUUUGAAAUGUUGGAAUAAUUUGAUUCAUGAGGCUUAUGAAAGUGGGAAAUUUGUGGAAAGUUUUCAAAUUUUUUGUAGAAUGAGAAAGGAGAAUGUACAACCCAAUUCAGUUAGUGUGAUUAACUUGUUAAGGGUUAGUGUUGAAUUGAACUCAUUGAAGACGGGGAAAGUUCUUCAUUGUUUGGUUGUUGUGAGUGAUUUGUGUAGGGAACUAACGGUGAAUACUGCGUUGUUGUCCAUGUAUGCUAAGUUGGGUAAUCUAGAAGAUGCAAGAAUGAUGUUUGAGAAAAUGCCUGAGAAGGAUGUUGUAGUUUGGAACAUAAUGAUUUCGGCGUAUUCUGGAAAAGGUUACCCUAAGGAAUCCUUAGAGAUUGUGUAUUGUAUGGUUAGAUCGGGGAUUAGACCCGACUUGUUUACAGUAAUCCCCGUGAUUUCUUCGAUCACAAAGCUAAAGUUCAACAAGUGGGGGAAGCAAAUGCAUGCUCAAGUGAUGAGAAAUGGUUCAGAUUACCAGGUUUCUGUUCAUAAUUCUCUUAUUGACAUGUAUUCCGCUUGUGACGACAUAAAUUCGGCACAAAAGAUUUUCGGUUUGAUAGCAGACAAGACAGUGGUUUCGUGGAGUGCGAUGAUCAAAGGGUAUGCAAUGCAUGGUCAGUGUUACGAGGCACUUUCCCUAUUCAUAGAAAUGAAGUUGUGUGGUACUAAAGUUGACUUUGUAAUAGUCAUCAACAUUUUGCCUGCUUUUGCAAAGAUAGGGGCAUUGCAUUAUGUAAGAUACUUACAUGGUUACUCAUUGAAGACCAAUCUGGAUUCGCUCAAAUCGCUGAAAACGUCGUUUCUUAGUAGUUACGCCAAAUGUGGUUGCAUAGAGAUGGCUAGAAAGCUUUUUGAUGAAGAGAAAAACAGCCAUAAAGAUAUAAUUGCAUGGAACUCUAUGAUCACUGCAUAUUCUAACCAUGGAGAGUGGUUUCAAUGUUUUCAAUUAUACGACCAAAUGAAACUAUCAAAUGUUAAACCAGAUCGAGUAUCAUUUCUCGGGAUUCUCACAGCUUGUGUUAAUUCGGGCCUUGUGGAAAAGGGCAAGGAGAUUUUCAGAGAGAUGGUGGAAAUUUAUGGUUGCCAACCUAGUAAGGAACACAAUGCUUGUAUGGUUGAUCUAUUAGGACGCGCAGGAAAAAUCGAUGAAGCAAGCGAAAUAAUAGAAAAUAGUCGAUUAAAUUCAGAUGCAAAGGUUUACGGACCCUUGUUGAGUGCAUGUAAGAUGCACGAUUCAGAAAGCGAUUUCGCAGAACUUGCUGCUGAGAAACUCAUAUAUAUGGAACCGAAAAAUGCUGGAAACUACGUGCUGCUAUCAAAUAUAUAUGCUGCAGCAGGAAAAUGGGAGAAAGUUGCUAAAAUGAGGAGUUUUCUUAGAGAUAGAGGACUAAAGAAAAUACCAGGGUGUAGCUGGGUAGAGUUGAAUGGACAAGUGCAUGAGUUUCGUGUUGCAGAUCAAUCUCAUCCAAGAGCAGAAGAUAUAUAUUCAGUAUUGAAAGUUUUGGAGUUUGAAGCGGGCAUGGAGGAUGAUGAUCUUGAACUCAAUUUUGGACUUCCUACUAUUUUGAUAAUGUGA